ACGAUACGUCAUUGUGAUGUUACCGAUAGGUUGGCUGGGCAAGGCACUUUGUCUGGGCAAAUCUCCUCCUCUCCUCCUCUGUCGAAACACGCUAGCCACAACAAUCUCGCAGUCGAACGUAUGAGAUAAUAACGUAGGUCAAACAAUACUCAAGAAAACAGCUAGGUGAGAAGGCUGCUUCCCGGUAAAAUGUGUGGAAGGACUGCUUGCACUCUGGCUCCAGACGAGGUUAGCCGAGCCUGCUCGUACAGAAACCGGCGCGGGCAAAGGAGACAGCCUGGCUGGAGGGAUGGAGACGCGGACAAAUACCGACCCUCUUACAACAAGAGCCCAACGUCCAUGAGCCCUGUGCUGCUAUCCCAAAGGCACUUUGACAAGAAUGCUCCUGUGGAUGAGUGUGUCCUGGCUUCCAUGCGUUGGGGACUUGUUCCUUCCUGGUUUAAGGAGAAUGACCCAAGCAAGAUGCAGUACAGCACCAACAACUGUCGGAGUGAGAACAUCCUGCAGAAAAAGUCUUACAAGGACCCCCUAAUGAAAGGACAGCGCUGCGUCAUCCUGGCUGAUGGCUUCUAUGAGUGGAGGAGGCAAGACAAAGAGAAACAGCCCUUUUUCAUCUAUUUCCCUCAGACUACGGCGUCUUGUGAGGAGAAACAAGAUCCUGUAGAAGAAUCACUAGAUGAGUGGACAGGGUGGAGGUUGCUGACCAUGGCAGGAGUAUUUGACUGUUGGACACCUCCAUCUGGUGGAGAACCACUGUACACCUAUACGGUCAUCACUGUGAAUGCUUCCCCCAAUCUCCAAGACAUCCAUGACAGGAUGCCGGCCGUCUUGGCCGGAGAGGAGCAAGUGAGGAGAUGGCUUGAUUUCGGCGAGGUCAAAUCUUUAGAUGCUUUAAAUCUGCUCCAGUCAGAAGACAUACUGACCUAUCACCCCGUCUCAACACUUGUCAAUAGUUCUCGUAACAACUCUCCUGAGUGCCUUCAACCUGUCGACCUUAAUCAGAAAAAGGAGCCGAAGCCAACAGCAAGCAGCAAGAUGAUGAUGAGCUGGCUGGCAAGCGGCUCUUCAAAGAAGAGGAAGGAGUCUGAUGCAUGCAACAGUCAGGAGGAGACAGACAAGAAAGACACUGCCAGUAAGUCUACAGGAGCACUUCAGCAGUGGCUGCAGGGAGCCAGCAAAAAACAGAAACAGUAAAUAACUAUUGCAUUUUAUAUUUCAGCUCACCAGUUAGUGAGAUUCUUGCAGUUAUGCUACACAGACAUAUACUGAAGUCAGUGUUAAUAUACUGUUCAAUGUUUAUAUGUUCAAAUAGAAUUUUAGAAACAAACAGGUUGCUGGAUUGUUUUAUUACCCUUAUUUUUGAAAGGCAAAGACAUUUUGAAACAUUGCUAUGCAUUUAUCAUAUUUAGAAUAUAAUGACGAAUGCCACUAGUUCCCCCAUUUCACUUUUUCUGUUAGUUUGUUAGUGAUCUUCUAAUCUAGAAUGCAUUUCCAUUUUAACAUAAUUCAAACAGACAGUUCUGAUUGGUUAAAAGAAAUGUCAAGCACUUAAAGCAACUGGCAGUUGGAUAUGGAGCUGUACAUGUUUGUUGUCCCCACAAAAUGAUUGCAAUUGAACAAAGUCUUUGAAACAGUUAUCAAUAAAAAGAAACACAUUG